GAAAACGAAAGCUUCAAAAGCCUGGCGCCUCUCCAUUUGUGCCAUAUCGGUCAUAAGUCGGCAGCUUAUCUUCCUGCCCUUUUCAAUCUUCCGCUGAAUGACUCAAUUAUCCCCGAUUGUUGCCGCCAGUCAAUCAUUAUCCCUCUGGUCAAAAUUGGUAAGAACCUCAGCCCUUCGGCUUCGUAUCGCCCCGUUAACCACCUCAUUCCACUAGCAGAUAUUCUGGAACGCCUCAGUAAUCCACUUCUGACGUCUGUACUGAAACUGUCAGAUCAGGUCGUGGGACCACAAUGGCUUUUCGAACUCACCUAUGCUAUCCUCGAGGGCUUCAAUCGGCAGAAGCCCGCCAAACGUACCGUGGCAGUCUCGAUCGAUCCGUCGCGUGCUUCCGAAUGUGUUCGGUCUGAUCGGUUCGUGCACGACUCGGUCUCCAUGAACGUCCUGAAUGUCCUGAUCAGAUAG